AUGGGCGACAACAAGCAGCCGAUCUAUGUCGGCAACUUUGAGUACGACGCGUCUGAGCGCGACGUGCUGCGCCUUCUGGAGAAGUAUGGCCCGGUGGACCGCAUCGACAUGAAGACUGGCUUCGCGUUCUGCUACAUGCGCAACAAGCGCGACGCCGACGAAGCCAUUCAGGACCUGGACAGGCGCGAGUGGGGUUACAGGCGCCCGCGGCCGCUGAAGGUGCAGUGGGCCAAGAAAGUGGAGGAGGCCAAGGAGCACCAGACCCCCAGCAAGACUCUGUUUGUGGUCAACUUUGACGUGAUGCGCACCACAAUCCGCGAUGUGGAGGACCACUUCUACAAGUACGGCCGGCUGCGCCGCGUCGACAUCAAGAGGAACUACGCCUUUGUGGAGUUUGAGACGUGA